UAUGUUUCCGAUACAAAUGCGUGCAUUUAGAAGCCGUAACAGAGCUGUCAAAGGAUGCCUUUGUUAUGACAUUACGGAGAUUUGUUGCCCGACGCGGCAAACCGCUUGAAAUCUAUUCCGAUAACGGUAGGAAUUUCGUUGCCGUUGCAAAGGAAAUCGGUAGUUUCUUAAAAGAAAAUCAAAACUCUCUAUCGGAGUACGCAGCUACCGAAAAUAUAAAAUUUCAUUUUAUACCAACUUACGCUUCUCAUUUUGGGGGAUAUUGGGAAGGCGGCAUCAAGUCAGCUAAGCACCACAUUAAAAGAGUAAUGGGCAAUUUAAAUCUCACGUACGAAGAACUUUCUACUUUGUUUGCACAGGUGGAAGCUAUUCUAAAUAGCCGACCCUUAUAUCCUGUUUCUUCUUCCCCUCACGACCUUCUUUCUCUCACUCCAGGGCACUUCCUGAUUGGCCGACCACUGUCUUCCCUGCCAGCUCCAGUCUUGGAGGAAGAAAAGGCUACUCGCCUGCAGCGCUAUAACCGCAUAGAGCAAGCUCGCCAGCAUUUCUGGAGACGCUGGCAAAAUGAAUAUGUCAGCGAGUUGCAGCAGCGAUCCAAGUGGCGUACACAGAAGUGCAACCCUCUUCGUGUCGGGGAUUUAGUUCUUCUCCAAGAGGACAACAAUCCACCCCUUCAUUGGCGUUUGGGACGUGUCAUCCACUUACAUCCCGGCAUCGAUGGUGUGAGCAGAGUUGCUGAUAUCAUGACUGAGAGAGGCAGCGUACGGAGGCCAUUUACAAGACUAUGCCCUCUACCAAAUCAAGAUGAUAACUAGAAUACCGAAGGUAUUCCAGGGGGGGUGCUUAUGUACGCGCCUUCAUUAAUUUGUGGAGCAAAUAUUGCCUGCGACGCAUUACCGAUAAUGUAGAUAAGGCUGUUCGCAAUGCUACAUACGAAGACUACAUACGAAGCCCUGCCGACCAAUCGUUGCAGCCCGACGUCAUCAAAGGUCCGACGUCAUCGACCGAGGAGAAGGGACCCUGCAACGACGACACUUUUUUUCGAGACCUCUGGGCGUUCGGCGAUAAUCAUCUUCGUUCUUGUAUUUUAUAUUUUGAGACCAUAAGUUCCUGUAAUCUUCUUUUGAGCAUUAAAUUGAUUUGUACAGUG